AUGGCAAAUCAUAUUUCGAAGAAGAUUAAAAAGCAAAACUUGGUCCUUCAAAAAGUAUCUUCCGAAGAAGAAGAAGUUCUCAAAACUCCUGAAGCUGUACUUUCAAAAAGUCUUUUGACUCCUGAGCAAACUAAAAUUAUUUCACCUGAGGUUUUGUUAACCAAGUCAUCUUAUGAGGAGGUUCGAACCUCUGAUAUUCUUACACACAUAUCUAAUACGGUUGUAAAUGUCACUAUGGGUGAAGGAGAGUCGAAUCAAGAAUUUCCUAUGGUCACUAAAGGUAAUAUCGAAACUUCUACAGUCAGUACCCUUGUUUCAUUACCACCCUUUAUUAUUCCUACACAUCCAAUUUUAUCUUCACCAACAUUUACUCAAAUUCUCAAUCAACCUUUCACAUCUCUAUUCUCUUCCCAAUCUACUGAUCCACCAAAAUCCAUUGAUGAUACUAACACUGAUGAUGGAGGAUUUGGAGUCACUUUUGAUGCACUUGAGUUUAAUCAAGAAGAAGACAUCCCGGAUCACAUGUUGAUGUCAGGGAAACAAUUCAGGAUUUUGAAUAAGAAGCUUAACUCGAUCAUUCAAUCACAAGCAGAUGUUAGGGGAAGCAAUUAUGUGUCCAGUGUUGAUGUGGAUGUGAUGCUCAAAGUACACGAAGCUAAUUUGUUCAACAGAUUCUCUAGCCAAAUUCAAGAUUCUGAAUCUCGUCUUCUUGAGAAGAUGGAUGCCAAUGACAAGAACAAUGAACUCAGGAUCAAAUCUCAGUCCUCAACUUUCAAUCGCAAAGUCAAAGAUUUAAAAACGAUUGCUAAAGAAUGA